AUGAUCUACGAACUUCGUAUCUAUACCACCAUCCCAGGUCGGAUGCCGAAUCUGCUCUCCAGGUUCGAGAACCAUACGCUGAAGAUCUGGGAGAAGCAUGGCAUUAAGCAAGUUGGGUUCUGGAACACUCUAGUCGGACCCGACGCCAACGACCUGACUUAUAUGCUCGCCUGGGAGUCUUUGGCUGAUCGAGAGAAGAAGUGGAACGCCUUCUUCAGUGACCCAGAAUGGGUCGAGGCUAGAGCGAACAGCGAGAAGGACGGACCGAUCAACGCAAAGGUCUCUUCGAGCUUCUUGACUCCGACAAAGUUCUCAGCUAUCCAGUAG